AUGGCGCCGCGAGACGGUAGUACAAGCCGGCAUCGAGAUCCCGGCGCGCAUAGCCGCAAGAAGAAAUCCCGCGAUCAUUCUUCACGAAGAGCGGCGGCAGCAUCCGAAGGGACGUCCAGCGGAGCAGGCUCAGGCACCAGGCAGGGACUGUCGCUAGAUGCCCUCGCGCAAUUGAACGAAUACAAUGCUCGAAACCCGGCAGGAGAAACUACGAGGCCUGAAAGAGUCAGAAGGAAGAGGGAGUCCAGACCUCGUGAGCAGGACUAUAUCAUAGUCGAGCCCGAGGAUGAGUCGCCUCGGAGAGAGCGCAGGCGGCGGCAUGAUUACACAGACGAGGAGAAGGAAGCUAGGAGGGCGGCGAGGAGAGAGCGCCGGCGCAGGGAGGCGUAUACGGACGACGAAGGCGAGCUUCGUACACCAAAGAGAGAGCGGCGUAGGAAAGAGGCCGUAACAGAUUCCGAGAGGGACUACGAUUCGCCAAAACAACGCCGCCGACUGAUCGACGUCGAUCCCCAAGAUGACGAAGACGGGCGCAGAGAUAGGCAUCGAAGCCGGGACAGAAGGAAAAAACGACUGGUCAGCGGUGCCAUUGUUGAAGAAGGUCGGGCGACACCGGAGAUGCGCGGUGGCGCCGGAAGCAAACACAGCAGCUGGGACAGUGUGUCCGACGAAAAGCAGCAUCUGUACAGCAAACCUCGAGCUCCUGGAAACAAGAAGAAGCGCAGAUGGAUAAUAGCAGGUGUCACUCUUGUCGUCAUCAUCGUGGUCAUAGCGGUGGCAGUUGUUGUGAGCAAGAAGAACUCCUCAACCAGCAGCAACAAGUCUGGACUGGACGGCAUGUCCGAAAAUGACAUUCCAGCAGCUGCAAGGGGCACCUAUCUUGAUCCUUUCACUUGGUACGACACAACAGACCUGAACACAACCUAUACCAAUGCCACCGUCGGCGAUCUUCCCGUUAUGGGUCUCUUCACUAGUUGGGAUGAUUCCGCAGCUGCGAAUGACAAGGUCCCAGCUCUCAGUAAGUCAUGGGGUGACUAUGCCUCAACACCAGCCAGAGGCGUCAACUUGGGUGGCUGGCUGAGCUUGGAGCCCUUCAUCACGCCCUCCCUCUUCAACUAUGACAGCAAACUUGGGAUUGUUGACGAAUAUACGCUAUGUAAACACUUGGGGCCAAAGACGGCGGCAAGCACCCUCGAAAAACACUAUGCAACCUUUGUCACAGAGCAGACCUUCAUCGAAAUUGCGGACGCUGGACUGGAUCACGUUCGUAUCCCCUAUUCAUACUGGGCGGUGCAGACCUACGACGGCGACCCAUACGUUUUCCGCACUUCUUGGCGCUAUCUACUGCGUGGAAUCGAGUGGGCACGCAAGCACGGAAUCCGUGUCAAUCUAGAUCUACACGGAAUACCGGGUUCACAAAACGGCUGGAAUCACAGUGGGCGCUUAGGGGUGAUUGGGUGGCUGAAUGGUACAGAUGGCGAGCUCAAUCGGCAACGCAGCUUGGAUGUACACGACAGGUUAUCGAAGUUCUUUGCCCAGGACAGGUAUAAGAAUGUCGUCACCUUCUACGGCCUCGCCAAUGAGCCGCGCAUGGUAAAUCUAGCGGCCGCUGAUGUUAUUUCCUGGACUACAGACGCCUACAAGCUUGUUCGGGGAAAUGGCGUUAACGCAAACAUCGUCUUUGGGGAUGGAUUUAUGGGCCUGGCAAACUGGCAAGGCAGGCUGACUAACAUGGACGGGCUCGUGCUCGACGUACACCAGUAUGUCAUUUUCAACAAUGAGCAGAUCAUCUACACGCACCAGGAGAAGGUCAAGUACGCCUGCGACGGCUGGACCGAGCAAACGGAGCAAAGCAUGAACACGGCGACCGGCUUCGGCCCCACCAUGUUCGCCGAGUGGUCGCAAGCCGACACGGACUGCGCCCAGUACGUGACCAACGUGGGCUGGGGCAACCGCUGGGAGGGGACGUACGACUCGGGCAACGCGUCCACCGAGGCGCUGACGCCCAAGUGCCCGAGCCAGGACUCGAGCUGCAGCUGCGACUCGGCCAACGCGGCCGUCGGCAGCUACAGCAGCGAGUACAAGAAGUUCCUGCUCAUGUUCGCCGAGGCCCAGAUGACCAGCUUCGAGAAGGGCUGGGGCUGGUGGUACUGGACCUGGGACACCGAGUCGGCGCCGCUCUGGAGCUACAAGCAGGGCCUCGCGGCGGGCAUCCUGCCGGCCAAGGCCUACGAGAAGGACUUCAGCUGCGACAGCGACGUGCCCGAUUUCUCGGGACUGAGCGAGAAUUACUAA